AUGCGCGGGCGCGAUGACGCGCGUUCGGAAUCGAGGAUAGUACUCGUCUACCAGACGCCGCAGCGGCGCAACGCCGAGCUGAUACUGCGACACUCCACAGCGUGUCCGUUCAAGACGCGUUUCAGCCAGAUACUGUGCGUGUACUGCCACACCGAGUACGCUCUGCUGCCGGAGCUGAGGUACCACAUGCAGAGCGAGCACGCGAACGCCGAUUUCAAGAGCGUCUUCUACAGGAUGAAGGGAAACCUGAUUAAAGUGGACAUCAGCGAGCUGGGGUGCAAGCUGUGCCGCGAGCCGCUGUCUGAUGUCGAGUCUUUGAUGCGCCACUUCUCGCAACAGCACGGGCUCCCCGUCAAGCUGAACGCGUGCUACGGCGUGCUACCUUACAGGCUGCGCGACGGCCGCUGGGUGUGCGUCUGCUGCGAGAGGAGCUACGGUGGCUUUGUAGAUUACAAGCGACACGUCUCCUCCCACUACAUGGACCACAACUGUGAUAGGUGCGGCACGGCGUUCGUGUCGCGCCACGCGCUCCGCGACCACCAGCGCCAGGUGAAGUGCCACCGAGUCGCGUACAAGCCGCGAAACGGCCGCUCCACACGGCCGAGGGGAAACGCGGAGAUCAUCCUGCGCUGCUCCACCGCCUACCCCUUCAGGAUGUGGAUGAGCAACAUCAACUGCGUGUUCUGCACGACCAAGACGAGGGAUCCGACCGCCUUUCGCGAUCAUAUGGCCACGCAGCACGCCGCGUACGACGUUCAAGCCGCUUUCUAUAAGAAGCUAGGGAAGGCCUUCCUCAGCGUUGACAUAACGGACCUCCGCUGCAAGCUCUGCACCGCCCCGAUCGACGGCUUCGACCAUUUGGUGGAGCACCUGAUGAAAGAGCACCGGCAGCCGAUCAGAACUGACGCCCAGCCUGGUGUACUGCCCUUCAGGCUGGGCGACGGUACUGUGUGGCGUUGCGCGAUGUGCACAGACCGCUUCAAGGACCUGCUCUCCCUUAAGAGGCACACCCACGGCCACUUCCAGAACUACGUGUGCGACGCUUGCGGCGAGGGUUUCAUAACCGAGUCCGCAAUGGUAGCGCACAGCAGGACGCCCCACGAGAACAAGUACAGCUGCAGCCGCUGCGUGGCGACUUUCCGCAGCCUGAUGGACAGGGACGCACACGUGAAGUCGCAACACACAUCGACACCUUACGUGUGCUCGUACUGCGAGCAAAGGCCGCGCUUCGCCACGUGGGAGGCGCGCAAGCGGCACCUGCUGGAAGUGCACAACUACGGCAGCGCGGUCGACGGCUACGAGUGCGCUCUCUGUCGGAAGAGGUUCAAGUCGCGCUCGGGGAAAUACAACCACGUGGCGCGCGUGCACCGCGUGAUUAAGGACUCGGGUUCGGGCUACACGUGUGCCAGUUGCUCCAGGACGUUUACCAGCCAGCUGUUCUUGGACAAGCACGUGGCUAAGAAGCACGGCGACGCC